AUGGCUGCCUCUUCACCCACCAAGCCAGAAGAUGAUGCCAACAACCAUGCUCAUGCCCAAGCCCAGACCCAGUUCGCGGCCGGUUCAGAGGAGACAAACGCGAACGCAAUGCACGGGCUCAAGCUCGUCGCCAUCUUCAUCGGCAUCUGCGUCGGCGCGUUCCUCAUGUCCCUGGACAUCUUCGUCAUCGCAACCGCCAUCCCAUCCAUAACCUCCACCUUCAAAGACACCUCCCAACUAGCCUGGUACCCAGCAGCCUACACCCUAACAACCUGCGCCCUAACGCCCCUAGCCGGCAAGCUAAGCUCUACAUUCCCCCUCCGCUGGAUCUACAUCUCCUUCUUCUCCGUCUUCCUCCUCGGCAGUCUCGUCUGCGGCUUCGCGCCAAACAGCAACACGUUCAUCGCGGGGCGCGCAAUCGCAGGGAUCGGCGCGUCCGGCGUCGCAAGCGGCGGCUUCGUCAUCGUCCUCACUGUGUCCCCCGAGAAAUCGAAGCCGCUGCUCCUGGGAAUCUGCAGUAGUUGCUUUGCGCUGGGUCUUGUUCUUGCACCUGUUAUUGGCGGCGCGUUUACGGAGAAAGCGAGCUGGCGCUGGUGUUUCUGGGUGAAUCUUCCGCCUGGUGGUCUCGCUUUGCUGUCGAUGCUGUGUUUCUUCAAGCCGCCGGCUAUGUCUGUACAGCGCGAGCAGACUGUUCUCCAGCGACUUGGGAGCCUGGAUCUCGUAGGCUGUGCGGUCUUCAUACCCGCGAUCUUCAUGCUCCUACUUGCGAUGAUGUGGGGUGGGACGGAGAAGGACUGGGACUCAGCGACGAUCAUCGGGCUUUUCGUCGGCGCUGGCGUACUCCUCAUCCUCUUCGUUGCCUGGGAGGGUUAUCAAGGCGAGGGCGCGAUGAUCCCUGGUGAAGCCAUCGCCCGUCGGAGCGUUGCGUUCGCCGUCCUCUUCUCGUUCUGCCACUUUGGCUCCCUGGGCAUCUUGAAUUACUAUCUGCCCGAGUGGUUCCAGGCCGUGCAGGGGGCGAGUCCGUUGCAGAGUGGGACGAGGGUAUUGGCGUCGGUGCUGGCGCAGAUUCUUGGGACGCUGGGUGCUGGUUUCCUAGCCCGCAAAAUCCACUACUACAACCCCUGGCUCUACAUCGGCCCAGCCCUCAUGUGCACCGCCGCCGCCCUCUACACGCAAUUCAGCACCUUCUCCACGCCCGCCAGCCACUGGAUCGGAUUCCAGGUAAUACAAGGUCUAGGCGUGGGCAUGGCGCAGCAGAUGCCCGCGCUGAUCGUGCAGCACGCCGUGCGCGACAAAGCCGAGCUCAUGCCCGUCGCAGUCUCGCUGAAUCUCUUCUUCCAGUACCUCGGUGCAACGGUCACGCAGGUCCUGGGGGGUAUUGUGUUCCGCUCGAUCCUUGGCCCUGAGCUGGCGAGGCAUGCGGGUUUGGACGACGCCCAGAUUGCGCUCUUGCAGGGGGCCGGGACGGCGGGGGUGAGGCGCACUGCGGAGGGGGAGUUUCCCGAGAGAUUGGACUUGGUGCUUGAGGCUUAUAAUGAGGCUAUUACGGCGACUUUUUUUGUUGCUGUUGCUACGACGGCUACGGCAUUCUUCCUUGCGUUCGGAGUCGAGUGGGAGAGAAUUACUGAGAAGAAGGCAACGGGGCCUGAGGAGACGGGGCCUGAAACUAGAUAG